CCUGGGAAUAAGACCUAGGGCUGGCUUCGCAACCAUGCUCCCCUCGGGGGCCACUCCUGGGACCACGGACCGUUUCACGGUGCCGGCCGAUGCGGAGGACGUGGUGCUUAAACAGCGGCCUCAAGUGGAACGUAUCUUCAGGGUGCUGCUGAGUGUCCUUGAGAAGACCUGCCCGGGGAGCCCCCACAUCUGGCUGCAGCUGGAGGGGCCCCAAAAGAACGUGGGCAGAGCCAAGGAGUACCUGAAAGGCCUUUGUAACCCGGAAGUGUGGGAGGAAGUCACCUAUCCUGCAGUCCUGCACUGUGUCUUCUUUGGAGCUGGGGGUCUCUUCCUAGAUUUCCUGUGUUGGGGUACCUCAGCUCACAUGGUGCCCCAAGCCCCAGGCUCUCUGUUACUGGGGGGCCUGAUUGAAGCCUUUGUCAUGGCCCAGAGCAGGAUGGAAGAUCUGUUAGGGCGACUGAGGCAAGAUGGUCUCCAGAGGCCACAGUCCAAGAGUGCCAGGGAACAAGUGACUCAGGCCUUCAAGGCCCUGGUUGGAAGCUAUGGGGAUGAACAAUCCAGGGCUCUCCUGGGUUUGCCGGUGUCUGUCCAGGAGUGGCUGUUAAACUUGGUAGAAGAGGCAGGUAGGGAGCAAGGGCUGCCAGAACCUCCUCUAGGGCAAGAGAGGAGCCCACUUCUAUUUGGGAAUGGUGGUUGGGAGGACCCCGUCAGAAAGACUCUGAGUGAGGGCAGAGAAGUCAGGGAAGAUGACAUUGUCUCAUUGGGCACAAGGUCUGUUGACCAGGAAGGUAUUAGGGAAGGGGUUUAUGCUAGGGAAGAGUGUCUGCCUUCUGAUCCUGGAGAGAGAGACUGGGAAAGACUAUGGUCUGUGGGAAAGGAGGAUUCUGGGAGGAUUGGAGAACUGGUCAGGGAACAGGACCAGCAUACACAUAAUGUCUCUGGGCAAAGAAACUUGGAGAGACCAGGGAGUCCCAGGGAGGGAUUACCUGGGCAGAAGAACUGGGGAAGGGAAGGGAUCCCUGAGGAGAGAAAUUGUCCAUCUAGGGAAAGGAACUGGGGGAAGGAUGGGUUCCUUGGGGAGAAAGAUUGGAAUGGGGAUGGCUUGACUAUGGGGAGAGACUGGGGCAGAGAUGGGCACUUUGGGCAGAGGGAUUGUGGGAAAGGGGGACAUAAUAGGGAGGAGGACCAGGACAGAGUACAGUAUCUGGAAGGAAAAGGCUUAAAAAGAGAAGAGGUACCUGGUGAUGUAUCUCAAGGAGAAGGUCCCCAGAGCCAGGAUCACUUCCCAAGCCCACACUCUGUCAAGGCUGACUUCCUCCUGGGGGUGAAUCAGGCUGCAGCUGGUUCCUAUGGCCAUUGUCCUCAGGCAGUGGUGUGUGACCGGCAGUGGAGGGGCCCCCUAAUUCCCGUCCUUCAGCUCAACAAUGGAGAAUCCUCCCCACCAAUGGGGCCCAACCUUCUACCUGGGGCUCAGUCCACAUGGCUUCUUUCUCCAAAGCCCGGGAAUGCGCAUUCAGUGGGACUUAAGGGGCAGGAGCCUCCAAAGGGAAGCUUAGGUGGCACCACUGGUGGUAGCUCUGAGGUGACCAAAACCCAGCGCUUUCUGGAGGCCCUGAAGACCCCGUUUUCUUUGAACCUCACUAAUGUGCCUGGUGCAACAGAUCUUCGACAUGUUAUCAUCGAUGGCAGCAAUAUAGCUAUGAUCCAUGGCCUCCAGCAUUUCUUCUCCUGCCGGGGCAUAGCCUUAGCUGUGCAGUAUUUCUGGGAUCGGGGGCACCGGGACAUCACUGUCUUUGUGCCUCAGUGGCGCCUUAGGAAGGAUGCCAAGGUGAAAGAACGUCAUUUCCUGACUAAACUACAGUCCCUCCGCCUGCUUUCUGUCACCCCCUCUUGAAUUGUGGAAGGGAAGAGGAUUACCUCCUAUGAUGACAGGUUCAUGGUGAAGCUGGCAGAAGAAACUGAUGGCAUCAUCGUUUCCAACGACCAGUUCCGGGACUUGUCAGAGGAAUCUGUGAAAUGGGCAGAAAUCAUCAGAGAGCGUCUGCUGCCUUGCACUUUUGUGGGGAACAUCUUCAUGGUCCCAGAUGAUCCACUGGGGCGUGAAGGCCCCACCCUGGAUGAGUUCCUCAAGAAACCAAAUGGGCCGCAGGCUUCGAGAGGUCGCUCAACUGGUCGCCGAGGGCCUCCCCAUAGUCGACCUUCCCGACCCAGCUCCAGGGCCCGAUCCCAGGUUCGAUCCGGAACCCACCCUCGACCUCUACCUCGACCUCGAUCUCAGCCUCGACCUCAUACCAGAGGCCUGACAGAAUCUGACAUUCAGCCAAAGCAGCCAGAGCAAAAGGAGGAAGAUGAGAGAAUUAGUGGCUUACGAAGGGCAAGAGAGACUGAGCAGCUCCGGCACAAGCUUCUGGAGGUGUUUUGGGGACAGGACCAUAAGGUGGACUUCAUCCUACAGCGGAACCCCUCUAAUAGGGACCUCAACCAGCUGUCAGAUGCCCUGCUCAGUCUGAACUUCUGAGUCCUUCAAUGAAUGGGGGUUGCCAGUGAAGUGCAUCCUGGUGACCUGGACAACUGGGUCCUGCUUCUGACUUAAGAGUGAGAUCUGGGGAAUCAUGGGCAAAGUGGUGAAGCAGGAAGCAGGGGCUGCUUUUCCCCUUGGGACUGUCUGGCCCCAGAUGGUUGGGAGGCCUGGAUCAUUCCUUGGCUAACUUGGUUCCCAGGAACACUAGAGGAGUACUAGAUGCUGCCAUACCCUGGAAGUCUUGGUGUUAUGUGAGAGAUUACACGUGGACAUGGCAGGGAGGUAGUGAAAAGUGCACUCAUCUAGGAAUCAGGAUACUUGGGUUCUAGGCCUGGGUUUAGUACCCUUGGCAAAGGAGUACUCAGCUACCUUUAGGCGAAACCUAAACUUUUAUUUCUCCAUCUAUAAGAUGGAAGUAAAAAUACCUGAUGAGGAGAAAGGCCCUGGAGCUCUACCAGUUUCCAGGCAUGCUUAUCUGCCAGUUCACAGGGUUCAUUUCACUUUAGGUGAAACUCUUUGGUAUCCAAGUGGGUCCCAAGCAGAUCUUAGUGUCAGAAGUCCCAAACUGUUUCCAUUUUAGACAACCCCCAAUCCAAAUGUAUCUUAUAGUUACAUUUGGGCUGAUGUGUGAUAAUUAAGUUUACAAAAAUAUUUUCAGGGUUCAUUAAAAAAGGCAGCUUCUGUCUAGGGUAUUUGCUUCUUGAUCCUUAACUACAACUUGACAGUGUGGUUGUGGCUCAACUUGCAGAAGUAUCGGGGAGCCACAAUCAGUUGAAUGAUAAUAAAAUUUCUCUGAAAUGA